GAUCAGAAAUAUUGAAAACGUAAAUUGCAUUCCAUGUACCGAAUAAUCGUUAUCAAUUUCGUUUCUACUGCGGUAAAAUCACUUUUCAUUUCUAUUUUUACGAUACGAUGCUAAAAAUUAGAUCAGAUUCUCCGACUUUUUCGGAACGUGGUAAUAUUUUGCCGCCAAAUAGCGAGUACUUUGUUUAGUGCUCAUUCGAAGUCGUUCUCGGCUCUUCUAUGUACGGGUUUCUUUUCGAUCUUUUCAGUCGGUGCUUUAUUUAAACUAUAGCUGAAACGAAAAUCGUAAAAAAACCAUCAAAAAACAGGUUACACACAAAAUAAACUCAAAUUGUUCAAAAUGGCCAAAGUGCAAAUAGGCAACGUUAUCGUUUUGGACAACCCGGCAUCAUUCUUGACACCGUUCCAAUUUGAAUUAACUUUCGAGUGUAUCGAAGAACUGAAAGAAGACUUGGAAUGGAAAAUGAUAUACGUAGGCUCAGCCGAGAGCGAAGAAUAUGACCAAGUCUUGGAUACAAUAUACGUUGGACCUAUACCUGAGGGGAGACAUAUGUUCGUUUUUCAGGCAGAUGCACCUGAUGUCACUAAAAUUCCUGUCGAGGAUGCUCUAGGUGUUACCGUUUUACUUUUAACAUGUAGUUACAGGGGUCAAGAAUUUGUCCGAGUAGGUUAUUUUAUUAACAAUGAAUAUUCUGAUCUUGAGCUUAGGGAGAAUCCUCCAGCAGUCCCACAGUUUGAUAAGGUCGUUAGGAAUAUUCUGGGAACGGAACCAAGAGUGACAAGAUUUAAAAUAAAUUGGGAUGAUUCAGAAACGCAGGACCAAUCGGGUGAAGAAGAACAAACCGAUGAACAAUCCCAACAGCAGUCCGAAUCUGUUGGCUUUACAGAAAAUAACAGCAGCCAUCCUAUGGAAGUUGUUUAAAUUACCAUAGAAGAGAAAGUUGAAUAAAGUUAAUAGGUACAAGUGAAAAAGGUUCAACUGUUCGAAUGACACUUACGGCAGGCAUUAAAACUUUUAAAAUUUUGAAUUUUUUAAAAUGUAAGAUGUAAUUAAUGUAUAAAGUGGUUGGAUGUUUUAAUUAAUUUUAUUACUUUUUCCAGUAACCAUUUAAAUAUGAUACUGUUGCAUAACAAUACACGAUUAAGUUAAUUAUUCCCUCUGAUUGUAUAAUUAUUUAAAAAAGAAAACAAAGUAGUUUUGAGGGCAAGCUGUUAAAUAAUUUCCAUUCAUCUUUGUCGAUAUACACCAUCUUGGCCGCCCUUUCUUUAUUACCUUGAACCUCAUAAACUUUAAAAAUUUCUCAAUUAAUUAAAUUGUGUAAAAUACCAUGUGAGCUUUAAAAACGGUGACAGUAAAAAUCUUUUUUUGUUAUAAAUAUUUUUAAUUGCCAAGAUGGUUGUUGAUAUGUAUGUCUGCUAUCGAACUACCUUUUUUUAAUUUUAAGUUUAAUGUUUUUAUGAAAAAAUAAUAAUAAAGUUGGAUUUUUGGCCAGAAUAAGACAUUUGGGAGAGAAUAUUGACUGUUAUGCAUUAGAAAAAGUUGAUACUUUAAAUAUACAAUUUAUAAAAUUAA